AUGUCAAUGACAAUGACAAGGCGCAAGCGUGCGAGAAAGGCAUGCAUUCCUUGCCACCAGCGCAAACGCAAAUGCGACGCCGCAUACCCUUGUGGCAUGUGCACAACCUAUGAAUACAACUGCAGCUACGUCGACGACGACGCCACUGGUGCUCCUCAAGCCAAGCGCGCCAGCAUCAACAGCAGAAGGAACACGGCAAGCCGGACAGCCACAUCAAGGCAGGGUUCCGCCAGCCAGUCUCAGGAUGCAGAGCCUCAGCCAAACGCCCGCGAAGCCGAUGAUCCGGAGAGGAGGAGCCCCACCUUCGGACUCGGGACCGGCGCCGGCUCGUUCAAGGAUAUCGGUAACAGCUCGGAGUCUGCCGGCAUCUUCGAUGAGCACAAGUCUAGAUACGCCGGGGCAUCAGCAGUCAUGGCAUUCCCGCACAUCCUGGGCAGUGCUCUCGGCUCCGACAGCCCUUCCAAGAUGCACUCGCUUGCGUUCAACUUUGGCAUCCGACCAGAGGAGGCUGCUAACUCGCAUCUCUUGCUGGGAACGCUCAUCUUGGAGGAAGACCUUGGCCUCUUCUCUGCUGUGUACUUCUCGGCCCUGGCACCUAUCAGCGACUAUCUGGACCCGGUAAUCUACGCUCAGCGAUGUCGAGAUUAUUACCAUGGCUCCGGCAGUACCAUGAUCGCCUUUGGUGCUGUGGCAGCUGGCGUCGCCGCUCUUGGGUCGUUUCUAUCCCCAAACAGACACCCGCGAGAAUCUGACCUGGUGCAGUACGCAAAAGCCAUUCUCGACGAUCCGGCAUCCAUGCGCAUGCUGGGCAUCGACCACAUCAUUGCUUGGGCCAUGCGUGUGUUUUACUUACGGGCUACGAGCCGCCCCAACAAUGCCUGGAUUGCGUCGUGCACUGCCAUGCACCUAAUCGAGGCGGUAGGUCUGCACGAAGAGGAAAACAUCAAAAAGAUGGCAUCAAAUGGGCACGAUGCGGACCGGCUGAGACGAAUAUUCUGGAUCUCCUGGGCCGGACAUACCUUACUGUCAUAUGAGUACGAUCGCUCGUCUGUGCGAUUUCGAGCCGUGACGUGCCAAGCCAUCAGCCCGAAAUCAGGGUCCGUUGCCGACCAGUUUGUUCAAAUGGCCCAGAUUAUCCCGGCGCCAAAUUCUCCAUUCCACCUCGACUGUCAGCCCUCAUCUCCUCGAGAGGAGCUAUUUGAGCGUCUCAAAGCAUUGGACAAGCUCCCAUUAACUCAUCCGUUUCUGUUGGUGACCAAAGCGGACCUUGCAUUUUGUUUCUAUCGACGCAUUUACCAGCUCAAGAUGGGUAUAUCGGACGACAUCAUCAACCUCAUAAUUGAUAGUGGCAACGCUGCAGUGGAUGCGGCUCAACAGCUAGCUAACCAAGGGCGUCUGUUCUGGAACCUCAUCGGUAGUGUCUUCCAGUAUACCUGCGUCCUGUUGGCCAUCGACACGCCUGCAUCAUCUGCGCACAUCGCCACUGCUUUCAAGGGCUUGGAGAGUCUCGUCAAGGCUGCCGACACGGGUCUGACGCGUGAGGCAUUGUCCAUGGCGCGGCAUUUGCUCAGCCUCCAUACGGCGAAGAAGCGAAAGGAGCUUACCCAGCUGGAAGCAGUUGAGUCGAGCUAUCAGUCGUUCGAAGGGCAGCCAGAUUCUGAGCCUGAUAACGUUAUGUCAGACAUGGGCUGGGAGAUGGACUGGGAACAGUUCCUCUUCGAACCAUAUCUAUCGAUGCUCGGCCAUGACGCACAGUUGUAG